AUGGCGUUAUUACAAGCAAUUCUAGAGGAAAACAAAAUUCGGAAGAAUAGAAUCUUUAGAGAUAGGCUAAAUCCAUUGGAUGCGUAUGACGACGCGGAAAUUCUUUCCCGCUAUCGAAUGACAAAACACUGUUUGAUGGAUGUCAUUGACAUUGUAAGAAAGGAUGUGUCACAUGAGACAAAAAGAUCUCAUGCCCUUAAACCUGAAGAACAAACUUUUGCUGCUUUGAGGUAUUAUGCGACUGGUUCUUUCCAGCAAGUGAUUGGGGACAUUUUAAGACUCAGUCAUCCCAGCGUUUCCAGAGCAGUAAAGAAUGUUUCUAAUGCACUGGCAAGUUUUGCUGGACAAAUUAUUCAAUUCCCGACGGAUUGCCGAAAACUUCAAACUGUUAAAGAAGGUUUUAUGGAGAAAUUUGGAUUUCCAAAUGUAAUCGGAUGUGUGGACGGGUCAUUUAUUCCAAUUAAGGCUCCACCAUCACGCGAGGACGUGUAUGUAUGUCGCAAGGGUUUCCAUGCGCUAAACGUACAAGGGAUUUGCGACAGUCAGAAAAAAAUUACAAAUUUGCUCGUUAAAUUCCCUGGCUCGGCGCACGAUGCCUUCAUAUGGAGUCAGUGUGGUGUACAAACGUUCCUUACUCGAAACACGCAGGUUGGAUUUUUACUUGGAGAUCAGGCCUAUCCUCUGAGACCAUAUCUGCUUACUCCUUUACGAGAUCCCCGUAACCCGGCAGAGGAGGCUUAUAACCGGCAGCAUCAAAAAACAAGGAAGGUGAUUGAGGAUACUUUUGGCAGAUGGAAAUGCAGAUGGCUUAUGCUGCAUAAAUUUGGUGGUGCAAUCACAGUUGAAUUAACAACAGCUGUAAAGGCAAUUAUAAGCACUGGUGUCCUGCAUAAUAUUUGCGAGAGUAAAGGUGUACCUUUACCUGAUGUUUAUCAGGUGGGAGCUGAGGACGAGGGCAGUGAGGACAUCACCCCUACAGACAGAGGACAGGACGUGGUGGAAGGUGAAGCUGUUAGAGCCAGUCUCAUCAGAGCACACUUUGUCUAA